AUGUUGACCAAAGACAGCACCACUACCGAUGAUGAUAGCAGCAGCAGGAAAUCAGGACGCCGAGACUCCUCCUCCUGUUCUUCUUCCGCUGAUAUGGACGAAAGUUUACGAACCAUGAGACGAAUGGAACGUCGGAGUGUCGCCAACGAUUUGGAGGGACUGUCUCGCCUCAGUACCGAUGCCGUCAAAUUAACGACGCAAUUGGUGGAAGCCCAGCACAGUCGCCUCGAUUGGUUUGGCAAGCGCCUUUUCAAAGAUCGAGGAGAGGACAAAGUGAGAGGCCCCAUUUCCGCCAUUGUCUACGGUUCCAUCCACGCCGUCAAUGGUGUCGUGGGUGCUGGUUUGGGAUUGGCUUUUUCCGUCUUCAAACCAGUCUUGGGCGAUGCGACGCCUUCCAAACGAAAAGAUGCGGCCAUUGCGGUGUUGAAUGGCGUAGUGGGCGAUUACUUGGAGGCGGAGAAGAAUCCAUUGGCCAUUUCCAUGCAGUGGAGAACCUCGGAAGGAUAUUUGUUGGAUACAGACGACAAACUACAGGAAUUGUGGCAGGAAUCGGACUCUCAAAAUGGACGACUGUUGUUGCUGAUUCAUGGAUCCUGCAAUACUCCCCAUGACUGGUGGCAGGAGGGAAUCAAUCAUGGAGUUGCUUUGGCGGAAACGCUGGACUACACGCCCCUCUUUCUACACUACAAUACGGGCCUACACAUAUCGGACAAUGGGAAACAACUAGCAUCUGCCAUUGAUCGCCUUGCUGGUUCCUAUCGACAACAUCAACAAAAACAGCAAUCAUCAUCCAACAAGAAUCCACUGUCCUUGGCCAUAGUUGCUCAUUCCAUGGGUGGAUUGGUAUCACGGAGUGCUUGUUACUACGCCGAACACGAAACGGAAGAGUACAACACCAAUCAAUGGUUGGACCAGGUAGGUUCCUUUAUCACUCUGGGAUCACCCCAUCAUGGGGCCAUCCUGGAACGGGGUGGGAAACUCGUAGAUGCUGUUUUGGGAGCCCACCCCUACACAGAGCCCAUCUCUUGGUUGGGCAAAAUUCGAAGCAAAGGGGUGACCGAUCUGGGAUAUGGCAAUGUUCGCGACGAAGACUGGUACGGGCAUACAGGACCAACCGACAAUCGAAAACCAGCGCCGUUGCCAAAGCUUGUGCGAUGCUUGGCCAUUGCCGCUGUGCUGGGCGAUGUCAAUUCCUCCAGCAAUCGCAUGUUGGGAGACAAUCUGCGUACCGAUGGCUUAGUUACACAAGCUAGCGCCUUGGGGCGUGGCCACUCCAAUCCGGAUUUGAAUUUGGUCUUUGAUGAGGAGAUCACCAUCUAUAAUCAAAAUCACAUUGGAUUGUUGGGCAGCGAGGAAGCCUACGAUGCCAUGCUUUCCUUUUUGCUUCGACAAGGACCGCCGGGUAGUCAUCUCUAG